AUGGGACACACAAAGUUAUCGGUGGUUCUAUUAACUGUAUUUGCUGUCAAGUGUUUGGCGAUGACAUAUCAUGAAUUGGAGGAUUUUGCGGAGUACCUUAAGAAGACGUCGCAGCUCAGCCCUACGUUAAAAAAAGGCGCUGAUCCUGAUGUGGACUAUGACGAUGAUGAGGUUGUGUCUGAUCAUGCUUGGGAAGAAAGUGGCAAGUUUGAGGGUGAUCUGAUCCUAAACGAGCGUCAGCGGCGUCUUAUAGUUGAAGAUGUAGCGGAGGGCCUAGCCAGAAACGGCAUUAGUGAUGGAACUAAGAGAUGGCCCAACAAUGAAGUCAUUGUUUAUAUUCAAGUGGAACAUUUCACUAGCGACCAAGUGCAAGCGAUUCAAAAUGGAAUAGAGGAUCUUGCACGGGCAUCUUGUGUCAAGUUCCGUCCAUAUAAAAAAGGAGACCGUGAUGCCGUUGUCAUUCAGGGUAGUCGGAGAGGUUGUUUUUCUCAAGUGGGCUACCAAGGCGGUUAUCAAGUGUUAAACUUGUCGGGUCGGCAUCCUGUCGGACGCGGUUGCUUCCGUCACGGAACGGUUGUCCAUGAAUUGCUCCACACUCUUGGCUUUUAUCACAUGCAAAGUAGUCCAGACAGAGAUGAUUAUGUUGAUAUUGUUUGGCCCAACGUACUUCAAUCGGCGAGACACAACUUUCGCAAAUACAACUCGUUCUCCGUGUCAGAUUUUGGCGUGGGUUACGACUAUGACAGUGUCCUGCAUUACAGCCGACGAGCUUUCUCCGUUAAUGGCCAGGACACGAUUGUUCCAAAACAGGUUGGUGCUCAAAUCGGACAAAGAAUAGGACUAUCAGAUAAAGAUGUACAAAAACUGAAUAAAAUGUAUUGUGACGCUGAAUCAGAUAGUGGCCAAGCAGAUGAAAAUGUUACCAAAAAGACGGAAAGUAAAAAAAAGAAAGGCAAGAACAAACCAUUUAAUGGACAAGGACUUGGCUAUCACCAAGGUAAAGCCGUGGUUUUCAAAAUAUUACCAGCUGCCGAAACUUAUAAGUUACCUGACGUACCAAGUUUUCAUGUAUUUGAUUAUUUUAGUAAAGAGCCGCAAAUCCUGUCGACGUCGGAAAACGAAGGUUUUCGUAUUGGAAAAGAAAUAGCAUAUUCCUACAAUCCGCCUGAACCAAUGACUGCAAGAGAUGUUCAUUUACCAGCACAUAUGGACCAUGGCCAUGAGUUACAAUUACAAAAAGAAAGGACUGAAAACGAGGGGCAGAAUGAAUAUAAAAAUGUUGCAGAAGUAAAACCUGUAAACAGUCAAAUUAACAAGCACUUAAGUAAUUCUGGAACGGCCGUAGAGGUCCCUGUACUUGAAGGUCACACUAGUCAAUCAGAAGCAGAGGAAACUGAUGCAGAUUUAAUUGAUGCGUUUGAUAGACUUUCAAAAAUAAUAAGAUUGCACGUGUACCCUUCUCAGACGCCAGAUCUAAGUAUUUAUAAAACAAAUAGUCAGUAUACUGAUCAUUACAACCCUUUGCAACUUAAAGGUGAGAGGGAUAAACUUAUGUCUCCCGUGCAAACUCAAACAAGCAAGCCAGAGAAAGAUGAAAUGAAUGCCGCUGUAAAAUUUAUAAAUAAUAUGUACGAUUUCAAUUCUGAAAAAUCUAUAACUUCAAAAAUAGUCGAUGGCGAUGAAUAUAACAUCAAAGAAAAAAAGGAGAUGAAAGAUGAAUCUAUGAAAAUUGUACCUGAUCAAGAAAACCAUUCAUUACCAUGGUAUAAAAAUUAUAAAGAUGCUUUUGUUUCUACGUCAGAUUUUGAAUCUCCCGAAGGUUAUCAAACCAGAAAGGGUUAUCCAAACAUAGAAUUUCCAAAAAUGCUCAAAGAUGAAAAACCAUACGAUAAUGAAGAUGAAUGGUAUCAAAAAUACGUUAAAUACUAUCCAAAUGAUGAAUAUCACGAUUAUUCUAAAGACAGCUCUGAAGGACACGGAUAUGCUGGAGAUGAGAAAGAAAGCGUGAAUAGUCCUUCAAUUCCAAAAAGAAAAAAUCAUGAUUAUUCGAUAUAUCGCGUUCCAGAACAUGUGGCAAAAAAUUGGUAUAUUAAAGAUUUCAGUCAUGAGAAUAGAUAG